UUGAAGGAAGCAACCACUCCCCCAUUGCCGACUAGAAAUUAGCUAUAACUGGGAUAAUACCUCGCUAACUAGCAAAAGAUAUUAACAAAAUGUGCACACGUGGCUACAUGCAGCUCUCACUUUGAUCUCAAAACAAGCGCAUCUUCUCACAACCGCACAUACUGUAUAGCCUCAACAUUGUCCAGUUCGAAGUGAAUGGCACAGAUUCAUACAUGGAAAUGGUCUUAUUUGCAUACAGUAUAAGGAUAAUGCAGCUCUGAUUGGAUAUGGCGCACCGGUCUGGUAGAGUAGGGGUCGUGCCUGUCAAUGCAAUAGAAUCGCACUCCAAUGCGCUCUGUUUCAGAAUGUUGCAUUGAAAGUAGCUUAACACUGCGUUGAUUCGAUCACAAUUCCCACAGAAGAGGGAAACGUCGAUAUUGUUCAUUAAUAGGGGAAACAGUAGAAAUUUCCCAAAUGGUGAUCGAGGAGGUGAGCGUUCUGCAGACGCAGCUGGAGAUAGAAAAAUCCUGCAGAGAAAAUGCUGAGGCCCUUGCCACCAAGUUAAACAGUGAGAACAGGAAGCUGAAGUAUCUGAGCCUGUCGUCUCGACCCUGUCUGGAUGAGAUGCUACCUAGUAUCACAGACUGCAUACCUCUGGAAGAGGAGACGGACACACAGGACACCAGCCCUGACCCGUACAGCCUGUACCAACAGCAGGUUAAAGAGCUGCAGGAGACAGUGAGCACUCUGCUGGAGGAGAAGAAGAGACUUUCCUGUCAGCUUCAGGAGCAGCAGAGACAGAUUGAAGAGCUAACAGCCCUGGCUGAGAAGGAGCAGGCUGAAAUGAAGGAGCUUCACAAAACCAUUGAGCAGCAAAGCAAGACCAUCAAGAGGUUCAAUAGAGUGUCUGUGAUGGCUACUACAGAGUUUGAGGAGAUGAAGGAGCAGCUGGAUUUGGAGCAGAGCCUGAGGGUGAAGGCUGAGACCUACGCCCACGAGAUGUUGGUGAAGCAGAAAGAGGCUAACAGACAGAGUAUGAUCCUGCUGCAGAACGCUGACCCCAGCCUGCAGCUGAUCAAGGCUCUGGAGGACGUGGCUAAUGUUACCAAGACUCUGGAGCAGGAGAGACUGCUGCAUCACCAGAAGCUGAAGGCUCUGGAGGCUGAGCUACAGGAGUACUCUCUGAAACAGCAGUUAGCAGAGCUGCAGAGCCAGCUGGAACUGAUGGAGGAGGAGAAGAGAGAGACAGAGGGAUGUCUGCAGGAAGUAGAGAAGAAGAACCGUGACCUAGAGAAAAGAGUGCAAGAGCUGCUGCAGGUCCAGAAGAGCACUGAGCCCUCACCAGGCCCUGAACCAGGGAUCGCCCCAACCCCCGCCCCUGUACCCCAGCCCCCUCCACCCCCACCACCACCCCCUCCUCCUCCUCCACCCCCUCCCCCAUCACGAUGCAACCCCCUCAGCUCACUGAUUGCAAUCAUGAGGAAAUCAUCAAAGAGUUCAAAGGGGGGAUCCCCGAAGUUACAGCAAGCUCCUGAAGGAGGUGCAGAAGGAGGUGCAGAAGGAGGUGCAGAAAACGUCAAAGUGAAGGCAGUCAAUGAGAUGAUGGAGAGGAUUAAACAUGGAGUGGUUCUGAGGCCUGUCAAGGGAGGAGACACUAAGAGAGGGGUCGUAAAAAAACCUCCAGUAAUGGAAGAAAAGCUGCCACAGGAGAGUGCCAUGGAGGAACUGAAAGGCAUUCUGGAGACGGUGAAGAAGAGUCCCAGUCGGGGGUCUCAGGAGUCGGUCCCAUCCCCCCCAGGGAAGAGCCCUGUCAGCAGUGAGUUGGAGGUCAUCCUUAGGAGGAGACGUAAACAGGCCUGUGACUCUGGAGGAGAUGAGAGCAGGGACGGACAAAUAAGCGAGGUUUCCUCCUCUGACAGCCUGAACGGGAGGCACAGCCAGAGUUCCCACAGCUCCGACAGCUCUGGCAAAGAGCCAGAGGGGCCAACAGGACCAGGGCCUGGGCAGAGCACCAGAGAGCCAGCCUCCCCCAGCGGAAGGGGCCCCGGCCCAGCGGUAGCAGCCAGGUGCAGGUCAGACUCUUGCCAAGAGCCCCAAGCAGGGUCCUGGCAGGACAGGAGGUCCCGCACUUCUUUGUCUGAGAAAGAGGUCUACUCUGAGGCACCGGUCACCAAUGGAUGCUUUGUCAGUGGGGAGGAGCCUGAGAAGCAGAAGCCUGAGAAGCAGAAGCCUGAGAAAUGGGCACCACAGCCCAACGGAAUCAGCCAUCUUAACCCUAGUCUGACUGUGGAGUUGGACACGCAUACCACACACUCUCCCAGCCUCUCCGCAGAGCCCAAUCCACUCAACGGGAACACGGAUGCAGAGUGUUGAAGGUCGGCUACAGAGGUCCCUGGGCAACCAGGAAGGCAGGCAGGCUGAGGAAAGCUGCACAAUUUUGCACAGAAUCUCAGUUAUCUGCAGUUAGAGACACUUGAUUAUAAAAGCUUUAGGUUAUUUUAUUUUAUGCACAAACUCUCUCUAUCUGAUGUGGCUUUUGUGUCAUCUAAUGCACCCUUUCAGAAUACAACCUUUUUAUUUGAUCAGUCUCUCUCUUUCUCUCUCUAACAGGAGUUGAAUGAUACUUCUAAUAUAUGGCACAAACUUAUUUGAUUCUAGUUCUGCUUCUUCCUUGCACUUCCUGAACCUACCGUAAGACUUUCAGUCACUGCUUACUUUAUGCAGUAGAAGCACCACGUGAACAUCGAUAAAGAACGAUGUUUACCAUCUGGGUCAUCAUAAAACAAAUAGGAUACAGAUAUUGCACAUUAUUAAGGCACUUUUGCUGUUUCAAAACUGGAGCUCUGUUUCGGUUUGUGAACUAUCUAUCUUUAAUGUGUAAUCAACGCAAAUACUACAGCGUAGGGAUGCAAAUGAAAGCCAUGCACGUGUUUCAAUCAAAGUAGCCUACCAUCCUUGAGGAAUUAGGUGCUUGUGUAUUCAGUCUACCUCGUAUUACACACACUUGCCUCUCGACUAUCCUAAAUUGUAUUUAAAGGGAAAAACAUGAUAUAGUAUCGUCUUCAUGCAAUGGGGACAACAUUUGUAAAUGUCUUCCACCUACAUUCCCAAGCUGUAUAAGGUGCUUUGUUCAUAUUUGCUGGGAUACUCCCAUUGUUUCCUUACUGCUGUAACCAGAUUUCAUCCUGUGUGUAUUACCCCACCUGUAUUAUGUUAGUAGGUCAUGCUUUCAGAUAUCUAGUACAACCUAAAACAACUGGAUUAAACAGUAUGCAAACGUAACUGAUACAGCAACAUAAUCUAAGAAAUAAAUACAUUAGAAGGCUCAUAGGACAUUCAUUCUCACACCCAUCAUGACAAUGUAAAUGUUUCUUCAAAACAUAGAAACAACAUUGAGAGCAUUGACCCUAUUGUAAGUCAUUUCUAUGAAGCCUUCUUUCAUCAAAAUGAAAGGAAAUCUUGUUUUCCAGAUGCAAUGAUUUAAGUCUUAAACCUUAAGUCACCAUUUUCUCAAUUCCAUCUUUAUCAGGCAAGCAGCUGAUGGAAAAGGAAAUAACUGGACUGAGUUUGUGUGAAUCUUGAUUUUGUGUGUUUGGGAUUUUAAAAGUGUUGUGUUUUUAAAAAACAUUUACAUUGAUGUUCAUUCAUCACUUGUCUGAAAUAAAAGUACUAUUCAAAUGACAA